AUGAAUGCGGCUUGUGCACUGCAGCAUUUUUGUGAUAUACAUGGACCACAAAUAUUAUUGUGUACAGAAGGAAGAACGUACACCCAUGAUUUAAAUGAUACUGACAACGACGGUCUAAAAGCAUUUUAUGCUCAAUACAUUAAAACAGAACAUUCUCAAGAAAAAUUGGAGUGCAAAUCAUGUACAUUAUCGUCCGAUGUUGUUCUUGUUUCAACAACUGAUUCAAUCAAUCAAAUGCUAUAUAUUUCAGCAUCAUCAACACCUAAUCAAGAAUUAUUUAAAAAUAUACGUAAUGCUUGUGUACGAAGUUUAACUAUUGAAAAAUCUACUGAAAAUGGUCAUCCAGUUCUGUUUGGUGAUGAUGCAAGCGGUUAUUGUUUAUCGUUAACAUUUUCUUGUAAAGAUUUUCAUGCACGUGGAAGUCAACGACUCUAUUCUCUAUGUUACUUAUGUACUGAUAGAUAUCAUAUGAUUUCUUUGAUGAGAUUUAUUAGUGAUUGUAUGAGACAAGCUGUAGAUUGGUUACAACAUGAUGCGGAUACCACCUAUGAACAAGAAGCACGUAUUAAGGUAAAUACAAAGUUAAAUGCAACAACAGAAACCUAUAUAAUUCGCCCGCCACCUCGUUUACCAUUACAACGUAUGUUAAUUGAUGUUGUACAUGAUUCAAAAAUAGCAUAUCGUAUUCAUGCAUUAUUUGUUUGGAUUCUUCGAACGGGUCAUUCAGUAAUUAGUGAAUCCCUUUUUGACGCUUUACCAACAGAAGAACAAACGACUAAACAAGAGAGACACGAUGCAUGUGGAAAUGAAUAUAUAAGAAAAGAUCGAUCAACAACUGUAAUUGAAACAUCACCAGUAAUAUUAGCAAAUAAUAUUCCAGAUUAUUUUACUACCAAACUUUAUUCAACUAUCGAUAGUUAUAAUACUAAUGACAAUGACUUUAGUGAUCGUGAUGAUGAUGAUGAUUAUGAUUCGUUAGAAUAUCAAUUUUCAUCAUAUGGUUGUAAAGCAUUACAACUAUUUAGAGACUUCAGUCAAAAAUUAAAAAGUUUAAAACAUUUACAAUAUAUACUAUAUAAUUGGAUAAUUGGAAAUCAAUUAAUUAUUAAAUAUACAAAUAGCACUGACAAUAAAGAAAUCAUUCGAGCCAUUGCAAGCGUUUUUCGGCUGUUUUUGCCAGAUGGUUGUUGUCGUUUAAUGGAAACAACAAAUUCAAUCCCAUCAUAUGAAGUUAAUCUUAUUUUAUUUGAUACAGAUUUAAUACUUACAGAAUCUGAUGAGAUAGAAGCAAAUAAUGAUAAUAGUUCAAUUAUUAUUAAAAUUAUUAUUGAUAACAUCGAUGAUUCUAUUCAAGAAGCUAAAUUAGAGACAUUGCCAGUGUUAAAAUCCGAUAUUAUUGUACCAACUUAUGUCAAAACAAUUGUUGAAUUAUUAGCUGACAAUAGUUUAGACGAUGAAGCGUUUGACGCUAUUAUUACACAACAUAAGAUUAAAUAUUUAAAUAAAUCAAAACUUUAUUUUCAAAUGGGUCGCUGUAGAAUCGCAUCAACUUCAUCAAUAAGUGAAGACCAGCAAAUGAAUAUAUUGCAUAUUAGAAAUCCUAGUGACUUGAUGAUGAUUCGAUUUUGGCAAAAAGGACUUUCAAAUUCAUAUCAAGCUCAAAUACGUAUCUUAAUACAAGAUGAUAAUCAACAACAACACAAAACGCAAGAAAAUAAUAAUAAAAUAAAUCAUACAUAG